AUAAACCAUGUAUCGCGGACCGGUGAGCACAUAGCUUGUGACCGUGAAGUCAUUUGUCGUUGUAUCGUGGCUUGGUUCGGGUCACUGGAAAGGUUCGAGGACCAUGUGCGUGGCAAAGUCCGCGCGGUUUUGGUUCAGCAGUUGAUGCGGGAUGCCUUCUCCUACUGGCACUUGGCGCAGGUCGCCAGCCCAACCAUCUUUGCAUACCUUGACAUCCUGGCCAGCCGUGCAAGAGAGUACGGAUGGCAUUCUGGAUACGCAAUGCGCCCGCCGCUGCUGUUUAUUGCCAGGGAUUUCAUCGUUGUGCUACCCACUUUGAUGCUUGUCCUACUACAGCUCUCCUACAAGCUGCGGAAGGCUUGUGACACAGUGCUCAAGAGACUUCUAUUCUCCUUCCUACUUGUCUUCCUUGGAGUCAUUAUGUAUGCGGGAGCGCGAUUCUUUGUGACGCUCUGCAGGCAUUUCCUCGAGGAUGAGGCUCUUGCAAAUGUUGUCGUGCUUGCUGUGCUGUCACCGCUUUCCUUACUCAUGUGGUGGUGCAGUCCACGGGCAGAGAGUGAGUUGGAGU